UCACAAGUUCCCAAGCACAACCCCUGAGCAGAUCACACGCUUCCCCACAGGGAGGGAGGUUCCACAACCCAAUCCGAAGAGGGAGACACACGGGAUAAAGGGCUCCAGGCCUCAAACGCUCACUCAUACAAAGUUGUGAAAGCUGCUGCGUCUGAGAUCCGACAGGUGGAAUGACCAAUUACUCAGCAGAAUCCAACGGCAUGCAGACUAUCCGAAAGGAGCACCUGUACAAGGUCCUGGUUAUCGGAGACCUGGGGGUCGGGAAGACUUCCAUCAUCAGGCGCUACGUUCACCAGUCCUAUUCCACCAACUACCGGGCCACCAUCGGAGUGGACUUUGCCCUGAAGGUGUUGAACUGGGAUUCUGAGACUAUCCGGCUUCAACUGUGGGACAUUGCAGGUCAGGAACGUUUUGGAAACAUGACACGAGUGUACUACCGUGAAGCCAUGGGAGCCUUCAUAGUGUUCGAUGUGACAAGGCCCACGACCUUUGAGGCCGUCAUCAAGUGGAAAGAGGACCUGGACUCCAAACUAAUGCUGGCUGAUGGACAGAGCAUUGCUACUGUGCUGCUGGCUAACAAGUGUGACCAGGGGAGGGAGUUCAACAACAAUAGCAUCAAAAUGGACCAGUUCUGCAAAGACCAUGGCUUUGUCGGGUGGUUUGAGACCUCCGCUAAGGACAAUCUCAACAUCGCUGAAGCUGCAAACUUGCUAGUCAAGCACAUCAUGGCCACAGAGAACGACAUCCUGAAAUCUGUGGUCCCAGACACCAUCUCACCUCACCUCGACUCCAACAGGCAGAUGAGCUGCUCUGGCUGCUUCAAAUAAUGAAAGGAGGGAGGCAAGAUAGAACAGAGUUGAGACACAAUAGGACUUAGAGGGACAGUCACACCACACGACCUUUCAAUGAAAUCUAAAUACCUGCGAUACAGUUAGGCCUCUGGUCCAAACCAGAGUAGAAGAUUUUAUUUUGCUGCCUGUUUGUGUUCUCAGUGACCAGUUCUGAGCCAACCUGAGCUUGCAAACUAAAAUGACAUGGACUCAGAAGUUACAAAUGUAUUUUAUGUAAAGUUCUUGGCAGACAAACAAGAAUAACACCCUUGUCUAUGCUCUCUGGAAUGAUUAUUUAAAGUAUCAAAAUGCCAACCUUGCCUUUUGGUGCUGCUCAUUCUAGCUGGUCAAGAUUAGGUUCUCAUCUAACACCUGGAAAAGGAAAGGCAACUGGCACUCACCUGCCUGACCAAAGUGAACAAAAGGAAUAAAUGUUCCCAACAUGCUUGGUGCAGUAAUGACAGAAAGAUAAUUCAAAUUAUAUAUAUUCUUCACCAUUUUAAGCAAGUAUGGUUGUGUUGCUGUUCACUGUGAAGGUAAACCAGUGUCAAAAUCAUUUGUAGACAAAUGCGAAGCAAUCCACAUAUGCACUGUGAUCAGCAAACACAGAUUUGACACUUGAAUGCUGAGCAUUGCACAUAGUUUAUAUACGUAUGUUGAAACAGUGGUUUGAAAGGGUUAGAUUUGAAAGUUAGACUGUGUUGGUUUGCAAAUAGUGAAGAAUGCUUUUGUAGAACUUUUAAUUUGAAAAACAGCGACAAAGUAUUGUCAAAAUUCAGAAGACAUGCAAAACAAUCAACAAAUAAAAUAUGACCCAUAUGCGCAUUUUGCGUUCAUUCAAAUUCUGGUUUUCAGGUAUAAGUCACUGAUUUCUAGUUGUGGAUCAUGAUGUGGUUGUUUGUGGAUUUUUAAUCUAUUUGUGGAUCAUGUUUUAUAUUUGUGUAUCAUGACGAGUUUGUAGAUUAUGAAUCUAUUUGUGGAUCGUGUUUUAUAUUUGUGGAUCAUGAUGUGUUUGUUUGUGGAUAAGUUUAUGACUCAUAGUCUGUACAUUUACAAUGAUGUUGAGAUAGAUUUACCCCCACAGUUCUCACUCUAUGUACCUUCGUCUCCACAUACACUUGGGGAUAAAAACAAUGUGGGAGACAUGCAGGCUUCCUUUACAGUUAGUCUGCAAGAGCCAAAGAAAGCAGUAUUGACCACUUUCAGUGGAUCCCAGACUUGCUAUUGUGAAUUUUGCACAUACAUUGCUUUUUUGUUCUGAUUUUUAUUUAUUUACAAUAUGCUUUUAUGAGUGUACUGCUGGUAAAUGUAUGAUGCUAUUCUGCUUAAAAUAUUUCCUACAACUGACCCUUGUGUAAGCCUUAUUUAAUUAGGCAAAAAGUAACAAUUCAUAUUCAUAGCAACCACUUGGUCGGGGCGAGUAGCUGCAAAGAAAGGAAGAGUUAAACACAAUCAUCCCAGAGCUUGCCUAAUGUUUGUCCUGCUGCUGGGCAGCUCCAGGUGACUAGUUCUGGUUUCCUGUUAGUAAUUAAAGGCUUGUCAGACAUGUUUUUUUUGUUAAUGGAAGAAAUGCUUGUCCUGUCUAAACUUUGCUGUGAUAAUUAAAAUACUGGGCUGCAACAUCUGAA